GCGGCGCUCGGCCCCUCCGCGGCGGAGCGUCCCCGCCGCCCGCGCCGCAUAAGGCCAAGGCUUUCCGACUUCAGCUACAGUGCUGGCUAAGUCGGGGAAGGCAACACGGAGAGAGCCGCGCGUCCCCCCCUCCUGUCGGCAGCGGGCAGCGGCGGAUCGGGCCGGCAUGGCGCGGGCAGCGGAGCCGCAGGGCCGGCGGCGCGGCGGAUCUGUGGUUGCCUAUUUUACGUCUGCAAAGUUUCUUCUUUAUCUUGGGCAUGCACUGUCCACUUGGGGAGAUCGUAUGUGGCAUUUUGCUGUGUCCGUAUUCCUGGUGGAACUUUAUGGGAACAGCUUACUCCUGACUGCCGUCUAUGGACUGGUUGUGGCGGGAUCUGUUCUUCUCCUGGGGGCCCUUAUUGGAGACUGGGUGGACAAGAACUCCAGGCUCAAAGUGGCCCAGACAUCCUUGAUUGUACAGAAUGCAUCUGUCAUCCUGUGUGGUAUUAUCCUGAUGAUUAUCUUCUUGUUUAAGACACAACUCUUGACAUUAUACCAUGGAUGGCUUCUUACGGUGUGCUAUAUCCUGGUUAUCACAAUAGCAAAUAUUGCCAAUUUGGCCAGCACUGCCACAGCAAUCACAAUUCAGAGGGACUGGAUUGUUGUGGUUGCAGGGGAAGACAGAAGCAAACUGGCAGAUAUGAAUGCCACAAUAAGAAGAAUUGAUCAGUUGACCAACAUCUUGGCCCCAAUGGCUGUUGGUCAGAUAAUGACGUUUGGCUCCCCGAUGAUUGGCUGUGGAUUCAUUUCUGGCUGGAACCUGAUGUCGAUGUGUGUGGAAUAUCUGCUGCUCUGGAAGGUUUAUCAGAAAACCCCUACUCUGGCUCUCAAAUCUGCCAAAGUUGAAGAAUCAGAACUGAAACAGCUGAAUGUAACAAAAGAGAGUGACAUGAAACCUGCUGAAGGAGUGCAGUUAAUUGUUGAGAAAGAUGUAACUGGCUUUGAGCCCCAACAGGAGAAGGAAGUCGGCUGCGCUGCCCGCAUUGCUGAACCCUUCAUAACGUUCCGCGAUGGAUGGGUCGCGUACUACAACCAGCCGGUGUUUCUUGCAGGCAUGGGUCUUGCAUUUCUGUACAUGACUGUUCUGGGCUUUGAUUGUAUCACUACAGGCUAUGCAUACACUCAGGGUCUGAGUGGCUCCGUGCUAAGCCUCCUCAUGGGUGCCUCGGCAGUCACUGGAAUCAUGGGAACAGUAGCUUUCACUUGGCUUCGUCGCAAGUGUGGCCUCAUCCGCACAGGCCUCAUCUCUGGAGUUGCUCAGUUUGCUUGUCUGAUCUUAUGUGUCGUCUCUGUAUUUAUGCCUGGAAGUCCUAUGGAUUUGACUGUUUCCCCAUUUGCUGACAUCAGUGCCAGGCUAUUUGAAAAUGAGCCAUUACCUACUAUAGCAUCUCCAGAACCUGAAAUGAUUUUGGCAACUGGAAUGCCCAACUUGUUAAACGGGUCUACUACUCCUGCUAACAGCGACCCAGAGAUGAGUCCUGAGCCCGUGCCUUUGAUCUCUGUCAGUCUCCUGUUUGCAGGAGUCAUUGCUGCUAGAGUUGGCCUUUGGUCCUUCGAUUUGACUGUCACACAGUUACUCCAGGAAAAUGUGGUAGAAUCUGAAAGAGGCAUCAUAAAUGGUGUCCAAAACUCCAUGAAUUAUCUUCUUGAUUUGCUGCACUUCAUCAUGGUCAUCUUGGCCCCAAACCCUGAAGCUUUUGGCUUAUUGGUGCUUAUUUCUGUGUCUUUUGUUGCAAUGGGCCACAUAAUGUACUUCAGAUUUGCCCAAAAAACCUUGGGAAAACAACUGUUUGUUUGUCGCACUCCUGAUCCCAAAACAGCCCCUGACAGUUCACCACCUGGUAAUACAUCUACUGUCUGAAAGGAUCCACUUCACUUACUAACUUUGCUGCACAAAUAUCAUGGUUAAGCAUGUAUGCUCCCUUUUUAUGACCCUGUCUGAGGUGUUUCUCUAGAGUUGAAUGCAUAACUUAGCUGUCUGGGGAAGCUGUCCCAAGAGAGAAAAUUCGUAUUACAGCGACUCUGUGAAAAGGCUUCACUUUUGGCAGAGGACAGCCCAGUUGGAUCUUGACAGCUGUUGUAUCAAAGGAUCCCCAGCAGUCAUAUGUCUAGUGUUUGAUCUCCAAAAUAAUGUUGAAGUUGUGUUGCUGACCCCCACAGUGAAACUGUUCAGUGGUUAUAACUACUCAGUUCGCUCAUAAAUUCUGAACAGUUCUUGUGUUCUCUGAGUAAAAUGAAGGGUUUUUUCAGUUGCUUUAUAAUAACUCGUUAUACAGUAUUUGGGGGGUUUUUUGGAGUUUUUCUCCAAUAUUCCCAUACCAUGAACGGUUCUGCUCCCCUACCUUCUUUAAAUUGGUAUAAAGGUCCUUUAUAAAUGUUGGACUUUGAUGGUCCUUGUGGGUCCCUUCCAAUUCAGAAUAUUCUGUGAUCUUUUGUAGAUUCCUGAAGUGGACUCUUAAGUUUUUGAUCUUUUCCCAAAACCAUUGUAGUAUUUUAUCUGUUUUGGUUUAACUUUAUGGAAACACCUUUGCAGGCUUUUUUGCAUGUUUCCUUACAAAUUAGACAAGUGUUAGGUACAAGAUAUUGUAUUACACUUUUGUUGCACUUCAUAGAGUGAAACAGCCUCAUUUAGCAGAAGCUAUUGAUGUAACAUUACAGAGCAUGGCUUUUUAAUUGCAAAUUGCAGGUUUGCUCAGGCUUGUAGCCGAAAGUGCUAAGGUCAGGAGUACUGGUACAGAAAGAUAAGUUCUAGUGCUAACUUAGUUUUUUGCCUUAGAGUACAAGCAGCUUUAAUAAAUUUUCCAAUAUAUCAGGCUUUAAUAGAGUUUCUGAAAACAAUUGUAUUUGAAAAUACUUAAUAUUUCAGGCAAAAGAAGGUGGAUUACUUGCAUUUAUGUAAUGUGUAUAUGAGUUUUGGCUUUGUUCUAAAAUAUCGCUAAACCAAUGAGAUGGUGGACUGUGUGACCCUCUAAAGCUGACACAUCCCUCUGUUCAAAAAGUUCUUGCAUUUUUGCUUUUGUUUCUUUCCCCUGCAUGUGUGCUAACACAGUAUUUCCAUAGCCAUUAGCCCUAUGUGCACUCUUGUGGAAGCUGUGCACUUUGCUUUCUCAGUAGAGUUGAACCAGGUGGUGUUUUGAGUUUUCCUAUGGCAUGGCAGUCUGACUUCUAAACUUCAAUAUUGGUAAAAUGUUUGUUUGCAAAAUAAGUAGGAUGCAAAAAAAUGUCAGCAACUUGUGAAAAGUAUCCUCUAACUUUUAAGGUUGUUUUUUUUUUUUUUACUUUAGGUACUGUCCUUCACAGUCAUAUGUGUUGCCAGACUUCAACCCUGGAAUGUGUGUGAACUCCAUUGAAAUUAAAGGCGUUACACCAGGGCUGAAUCUGGGCCAUUCAUCACAAUUUUUUUUAACAAUUACAUUCUCUAUCAAACUAAAUAGAAUGUAAAGAACCUCUAGUGGUCUUUGUCUCAGAUACAAUGUUUUGUAAGGGGAGUGAAAGUGAAUUUAUGGGAAUCCAGUGUACAACCAAUGGACUCGUAGCCCACAUUUUUCAAUACCUGGAUGUAACAAUUUUCUCUAGUGGACCAAAACCAAUAAUUACUCUAUGUUGCUGAAAGUUUCUCAGGGAUGUUUUCACUAGGUUUGUAAGUGUUUAUACUUUGACCAAGCAUUGGCAGUUUUUUUUUUUUUGAUAUAAUGAAGUAAAAUGUGUAAUUUAGAGUAGGUUUAAAAUUUGUGACUCAAGCCUGAGUGUAACUUAAGGAAAAGGGAAUUUUGCCAUCAGGAGAAUUUGUCAGAAGACAAAACAAGCUUAUCUAGAUUUGUAGAACAAAUAUACCCAAAGGAUAGCCUACAUGGUAUAAGUACACUAGUAAAUAAAACAUCUUUGUUGUGCCAAAUAUGUUUUCUCAUGUGUAUCUAGUUUAAAUUGGGACCAGAUUUUAAUAUUGCUAAAUAUAAAUCAAAGCAGUCCAGAUGUCAGCGAAUGCCUCUAUACUGCACUUUGAACAUCUGAAUGCCACUGUGUAUAACUGGACUCCCUGACCACCAGGGAAACAAAGCUGAAAAUGCAGCCUUUCCUGGACUGUCUGCAGCCCACAGAACCCAGCGUGCCUAAAACUUAAUGCCAUAGCACUAAGCAUCAAACAUCCCAGAGAGGAUGUAUUCCUGAAGUUUAGAGAGCUCCAAAAGCAUAACAAAGAAAGCUGGGAGGAUGUAAUGUACCUGCCUGUUCCCAAAAUGUUUUAGUGUUUGGGUUUGUUUUUUUUUUUCCAAGGGCGAUUUAGGUGUACUUGAAUUGAGUAGCAAUUUGUUUCAUAAAUAGUUCCACUAGAGAGUGCAGUCAGGAUCUCGAGCCAAAAACAUAAUAUUAAGAGAGGAGUGGACCUUUGUAUUUUGUGCAUUUGUUAGGAUUCAUAUAUGCAGAUCACAGCUGGAAGGCAAGACAAUCCUACAGUAAAAAAGUGGAUGCUAGCUUUAAGAGGAAUAAGGAGGUCUACAUUAGAAAUCUGGUAUGUAUUGGUCUGAGUUGGAUGUCAAAAAAUGUUUGCUGCUUGAGCACAGCCCAUUUGUGUGCGAGUCUAAGAUGUACACAGACACCUGUACUUGUUAGUGCUUUGGAGCAAUGUGGAGCCUGAAGUCUUACUUAGCAGGACUUUCAUAAAGUAAGCAUUUUUGGCCUUGUAUUUAUUUAUUUUUUUAAAAAAUGUGUCCAAAUUGGAUGAAAACUGCCCUUAAAAAUGUUCGCACUAGAAAUUAAUCCUACCAGAAUAUUUUAUUAUACAACCUUAUGCUGGACAUAGUAUUGAUUUAUGUAUUGUUAAAGCUAAUGAAUAAAUUUGCAUAAAACCUUA